AUGGGCAAGUUUGCAUUCCCAGGCCGCAAGAAGCAGCCUCCAAAGGUGACCGUCACCGCACCGCCCAUGAGCAAAGCUCAAAAGAUUCUCGGAUCGACAGCUCUUAACAUCGACGCUCCUCAGCAAUGGGACAACUUCUCCAGCUCAAAGGUCAACCUGGCGGCACCUGGCGGUCCUGAGACAUCCCAGACGCAGCUAAGCCACAGCCAUGGCCAUGGCUCUCCUGUGAGACAUGAUCGUGGAAUGCGGGAAUGGGGAGAUGAGUCGGAGAUCGUGCCGCGCCAAUUCAGAGUCAAUGGAGCGCCUACUGAUGAGUACGACGAGGAUAUGUCUGACAUGACAAGCAUUCUCCGGAAACGACAGUCUUCUUCGACGCUUCAUUCUUGGUAUGACAAGACUAAGCAACCCCUCGCCAUAUCCCAGCAGACGUCGGCUUCGGCCAUGGCGAAAGGACUACCGUCGAAAGCGGAAAGAAUGCUGGAUAUGGAGAACUCCAUUGCGGAGGCUAAGCUAAGGAAAAAGAAGCCUGCAAAACUGGAUUUGUCCCAUCUCAUGGGGCGAUCUCGAGGCAAGAAGACCGAGCCUCAAUGGCAGGGUCCGAUGCUGGGCCAAGUUGUUCGAUCACCGUCUAUCCUGUCGCCAACAAGCACACCAUCUCUACGAGGCAAGCUUUCAAGGCGGCCUACGAAGGAGAGUCUGAGGUCAAUGAACUCGGAAGAUGCCAAUCGACCAAAGACGGGCGAGAGCAACAACCGCAGACCACACAACCACCUAAACGGGCUACCUAACCUCUACGAGCAUUACGAGCAAAUGUCUUUCCGCUCAAUCGCUGACGAUGAGUUGGAUCUGCCGGAUCCGGUCGAAAAGACCGUGAAGAAGUCUAAAUCCAAAGACUUGCUUCAACUCAAACCCACUGUUUCUCAUCAAAGCAAGCAUGAGCAUCGACCCAUACCACCGGCUCAUGACGAGCAAAUCAUUUCACAAUACGCUAAACGCAAUUUACCUCAAACACCCCAAGCUAUCCUGGCCAGCAAACCUGGUCAAUCUUCACCUACAGACUGCGCUGCUAGUGUUUCUAGUAGACACACCAGGACGUCUAAGGCUUCGAAGCGCACCAGUAGGAGUUUCCAAGAGUCGGAUCUUCAGGAAAAGAGUGUUCUAUCGCUCUCUUCGGACUCCGAAGAUGAUGUUUACAUUGACUCAUCUUCAAAGGGCCCUGCAUCGAUUCCAGAGUAUGCCACAUCGGAAGCUGGAUCUUCUAUCGACUUUCGCCCAAGCACCGCUCGAACGAGCUCGAGUGCCGAUAACAGCUCAAAGCGACUCAGCAGAUCGAGCAAGCGAACAUCAAGCUCCAACAAUUAUCUGACUAUCCCCAAUGGCCACCAUCGAAAUCCUAUCGUGGCUCCGCGAACCAGUUCCCUUUCUGGAAGCUCGACGAACACGAUUCAGGAGGGUACCGCUGGGCAAUCACCAUCACAAAGCAUAUCCAGCUCAUCAGCAAACACGUCGAAUACAUGGCAAAGCAAGCCAAGUCUCAACUCUCAAGAAGCAAAGGUUAUCGCCUUGUAUCCCGACCAGGGACGUUCAGAUUCUACUGAUUCCGAGCAAGACAAGGAAGCGGAUUCUGAGAACGAUCCUGAACCAGAGCUCGACUUCCUUCCUGCGAUGAGAUACGUUCCCCACGAAUCUAUCUCUACCAACGCCGAUGCGCCCACGCCCCCUCUGAGCCCAAGCUCCGUCGACUUCUACAUACGCUCUGCACACUCUUCCAUCGAUGGCAAGGGAAGCCAUAACCGCUUCAUGGCUGUUACACGCCAGGAGGAGAUGCUUCUGGCCGCCCUCCGCCACAAGCGACAGAUCAUGCGCGGCUCUAUCCUCUCUGAGAUGGAAGAGAACAGCCGAAGCGAGAAAGCCAAUCAUAAGGGUCACCAGUCGAAGCCCUCCGAGGCCACCAUCACCGAAGAGACCUUCGAUCUUGACCUGGAUUUCCCAGCUCCUCCUACCUUCAAGGAUAAGACAACUGUUGCUGCUGAUGGCACUACCGUUAUCGACCUGAGUCACCAAAAUUGGUCUGGCAAAUCUGAAGCAACCACUUCUACACAUCACUCUAAUGAAAAGGUUCAUGAGCCUAAACCUCAUAACAAUGAUCACCACCAGCGCGAGCGUAUUCUUCUUUAUAUCGAUAAGGGUCUUGCGGCAGAGCACUCCAUCGAGGAUGCUGAGCCCAGCCCUGAUCUGAGCGACUUCUACGACUACGAGUUCGAAGACGAAUCUGAGGGUUCAGAGGUUGUCCCUGAGGGUGUCAUGUACACCCAGCAGCGUCGCCACAGCGAUCGAAAGGAGCGUCAGUCAGUUGUGAAGCGCCAAACGAGCCGAUCGCGUCAACGAAGCCCUCAACCUCAUAGCGAGAAUCUCGAGGUUGGCGUUCCUCGACCUGACAGCCCCAUCUCUCCUGAUGCUCUUUCGACUGCGGCUCCUCGAGUCAACAAGAAGAUGGCUCGUCUGAGUGCUGUUGGACCCCCUGCGAAAUGGGGGUUUGAGGACUAG